AUUACUCUCGUUCCCCCUCUUUGAGUAACCUAUUUUCGUAGCGCCUCUUUCAUCUCUCAAAUCAAAGCAAUGGCUACUAAGUUGUUCUUGUUGCUUGCUAUCUGUGUCCUCCCUGUGCUCGUUAAUGCAAACAAUAAAGCUUUCCAAAUCGUUGGCAGAGUUUACUGUGAUGCCUGCCGUGCUGGUUUUGAAACAUCUAAAUGCUCUUACAUCCACGGUGCAAGGGUCGAAAUCAAGUGCUUUGAUAGGCCUACAUUGAAGCUGAAAUACAGCAUCGGGGCAGAAACGGACGAAACUGGAACAUAUAACAUUGUGGUUGAAGAUGACCACGAAGACCAAAUUUGCUACGCAACACUUGUUAGCAGCCCCAUUCCCAGCUGCAGAAUUGUGGACCCUAGACGUAAUAAGGCCACUGCUAUUCUGACCCGCAGCAAUGGUGCCAUUUCCAACCUUCACUAUACAAAUGCAAUGGGAUUCCUCCAGGAUACGGUAGCGGAUGGUUGCCAAGAACUGCUCCUCAAGUUGCUGCAGGAUGAUGAAUAAAUAAUUUACAUGAUCUUCACGAUUUAGCUUCUUUUAUUUUUCCUAGACUUUAGGACGCAAUUCAUAAUGAUGAUGUUGUUGAUCGAUCUAUGUUCACCUGCCAUUUUCUUGAUGAUCGGUUUUAUAUAAUCUCUUGUGCUCAUUAAUAAAAAAACUAUUUUAGAUUAUUUC